UUCCUUAUUUUCGCACGACUCUUAUGAGUUGAACCCAUCGAAUCGAUUUUUCGUAAAAGAAAGAAAAACGGAGCAUAUGCAGUUGACAUUAGCAGUUAACGAAUGAGUUUUUUCUUUUGUGCAGCCGCCAACAAAGAAAUGGGAAAACUAAGGUAGGGUAACGAUCACCGCCGCCGUCCCUGGACCCUGCCUCUCACGAGCUCAGUUCGCUUCGUCGUCGGUGGAGGUGGUGUGGAGGUGCAUAGCUCGACAGCUGAUCGCGGUAGUGAGUCGUGGAGAGAUCGGCGCUCUCCCUGCAUUCAGUCGCAGUAUGCGUCGUGGAUCCGUUCGGUGCGUUUGCUCCGAUCCUAUUCGAUCGGUCGUUGAAGGAUAAUCUAUACGUUCGCGAUCGAUCGCCGCUGAACGGCAUCCGAAGAUUGUUCCGAAACGAAUGCAGUGUUACGAAGGUGGUGGUGCGUCAGUCAUCAGAAGACACGACAGAGUCGAUAACGCGGGGUGGAAUCUUGGUACCGUGGCGUUAUCCCUGACCGAGUGCGAGAAUCAGAGUGGUGGUCCGUGGUGGCUCCUUCGUACCUGAGACACUUCCGCUUUGCAGCCCCGAGAUAGGGGAGGACGAGAUAUUCGACAGGUCGAAGAUGCGAAGCAUCAUCACUGGGGUAUGAAUUCGGAUGUCGGGGCGGUAGCUGAAGUCACUUUUGUCCAAAGUACGACUGGAUGAUGGCUGACCUCAAGAACCUCAGCCUAAGCGGUGGUGGAGCAUCCAGGUAUAGCGGCGAUGAACAGGUGCAGUUUAUUCCAGGUGGGAGUCAUCAGGUGACAAUUAGAUCACCUCCUCCCUCCUUACAUUUGGAAAAUCUCAACAAUGUCGUCCACGGUGGCUCGCAGAACAAUCUUCACUGCAGUUGCAACGGCAGCACAUCGAACGGAACUGCGACUACGGUGUGCACCGGUGGUGUUCUAGCCAGGAAGGUGCCGAAUCACAGCGGCGCCAGUCCUGGACAGAGCAAUAAGAGGCCAGCAGUGUCGUUGACACAUCUCCCGAAGAGGCCACCGGUCGACGUGGAGUUCAAGAACCUGGCCUACAGCGUGUCCGAAGGCAGAAAAAGAGGAUACAAAACUAUUCUAAAAUGCGUGAACGGAAAAUUUAGAUCUGGAGAGCUUACGGCCAUUAUGGGACCGUCCGGCGCUGGAAAGAGCACACUUAUGAACGUUUUAGCAGGUUACAAAACAUCACACUUGAGCGGGUCGGUGCUGAUAAACGGUAAGGACAGGAAUCUCAGAAGAUUUCGAAAGAUGUCUUGUUACAUUAUGCAGGACGACCGACUUCUACCACACCUGACCGUUUACGAAGCGAUGACAGUCUCGGCGAACCUGAAGUUGGGGAAAGAUAUCAGCGCAACUGCCAAGAAAGUAGUGAUCGAGGAGAUUAUGGAAACGCUUGGCCUACUCGAAGCCAGCAACACGCAGACCCAGAGUCUCAGCGGCGGCCAAAGGAAGAGAUUAUCGAUAGCACUGGAGCUCGUCAAUAAUCCACCGGUUAUGUUCUUCGACGAACCUACCUCCGGUCUGGACAGCUCUUCUUGUUUUCAGUGUCUAAGUUUGCUCAAAUCCUUAAGCAGAGGAGGAAGAACGAUCAUAUGCACAAUCCAUCAACCGAGUGCGCGAUUGUUCGAGAUGUUCGACCAUCUGUAUUUACUUGCCGAAGGUCAGUGUAUAUAUCAAGGCAACGUUGGUGGCCUGGUGCCCUUCCUGUCGUCGAUGGGUCUCGAGUGCCCGAGUUACCAUAAUCCAGCGGAUUACGUGAUGGAAGUCGCCUGUGGCGAGCACGGCGAGUGCGUUCAUAAGCUCGUGAUGGCUGUCAACAAUGGCAAGUGUAACAAUUAUCAGCAUCAUCAGGCAGCUAUCGCCGCGUCGCAGACGGUAUCGAACGACAUUGCUAAGGAAUCGCCGCAGGAGCAAACGAAACCGGAGGGCGCAGCACUGAUACCAAACGGAGUUGCGAAGCCACCGACUGGCACGACGAUGAUCAAUAUGCCGGUUUCUUGCACAACGUCGUUGCUGGAUAGCGCGGAAAGCAUAGAGCAGAAGGUUGGCUUUCCAACGAACGGUUGGCUGCAGUUCUGGAUACUACUCAAAAGGACAUUUCUGUCACAGAUACGAGACAUGACACUAACAAGAGUAAGACUGAUCUCGCAUAUAAUAGUCGGCUUUCUGAUUGGUGCAAUUUAUUACGACAUUGGCAACGAGGCCUCGGAGGUCAUGAGUAAUGCCGGAUGUGUCUUCUUCACGGUAAUGUUUCUCAUGUUUACCGCCAUGAUGCCUACGAUAUUAACAUUUCCGAUGGAAAUGUCUGUAUUUGUGAGGGAGCACCUGAACUACUGGUACUCAGUGAAAGCUUUUUACCUCGCGAGAACAUUGGCGGACUUGCCGUUUCAAAUGGUGUAUUCUAUAGCCUACGUGGUGAUCGUGUACUUCAUUACGUCGCAACCGUUAGAGACGGAGCGUUUUCUUAUGUAUCUAAAUAUAUGCAUACUGACGUCGCUGGUUGCACAAUCCAUCGGUCUGUUGAUAGGAGCAGCGAUGAGUGUGGAGAGUGGAGUGUUCAUCGGACCCGUAAUGUCGGUUCCCAUCAUCCUCUUCUCUGGCUUCUUCGUUAAUUUCAAUGCUGUACCAAAGUAUCUAAAGUUUCUCUCGUACGUGAGCUACGUGAGGUAUGGCUUCGAGGGUGCCAUGAUCUCCGUGUACGGUUACAAUCGGGCGAAACUCAAGUGUUCCGAGUACUACUGCCACUUCAAGAGUCCGACGAAGUUCCUCGAACAGAUGGCCAUGGAGAACGCGGUCUAUUGGGUAGACGUUGUCGCCCUGCUCGGCUUCCUUCUCGUUCUCAGAGUGGUCGUUUACUUCGUGUUGAAACUCAAGCUGCGAUCCCUUCGUUAAAUACAUUGAGUCCAGGACAGACAAUAAUCACGUCGUGAUUGUACGACCGCCAUAAACCACGAUCUGAAUAUCAUUCAGGAUCAUACUUUCAUAAAUGCGAGGUACCAAUUCAGCGAGAGAGGGUCGAAAUUAAUUUGAUUUCAAGAUUGAGAAAAAUAUAACUUUUUUUAUGUUUGUUGAUAAACGAUAACGGUGAAACUCGUUGCGUAAAAAAAGCAUUUACAAAAAUAAUAUAUGCUUUGAACAUGAGGUAACGCAGUAAGUUAUUAAUUUAAAAUUUAUUUGAUAUAUGAAUUUUUAUGAUUUUAGCGAUUUAAGUCGUUAGAGUAUGCGAGAUCUUAAUUUUAUUUUUCCUCCCUCUCUCUCUCUCUCUUUCUUCUUGAAUUAUGAUACUUUUUUAUUAAUUAAAUCAUAUAACAUUGACGCUUCGAAGGGUGCUUAAUUAUCGUAACGGUGUUUGCGGUACCAAAUUGAAUGAUCUCUGCCGUUGGCAAAAGGACACUCUAAAUCUACUUUGUUAAUUCGAGUAAAGUGGCUACCAAGAGUUACCGCGACGAGAACUCGAAUCUAAUUAAAGACGAAUCGUAAUCUUAGAUAGGCGUUUAAGAGUAAGUGGUCUAGACAGAAGUUAGGCUACCUUCGAUCAUGCAUUAACAACAGUAGGCCGAUUCGCGACGGCAAUACAUCGGGCUAUCCGGUAUCGAAUAAAAAUCGCGAACGUUUAUAGCCAAUUACUACGAACUCGCCAGGAGCCUUAGGCCCAUUUGAGACUCCGUGUCCCUCCAACGAGCGCGUUUAAAUGCGAAUAAAAUAGAGGUUUCUAUUAGGUAGGCAGGGUAGGACACACGGAUCGUUAAAAAACAAGUCUUUCAUUAUUCUCAUCUUUCAUUAUACGCACAUAUAUAUGUAUAUAUAUAUAUAUAUCUAUAUAUAUAGUUCGUCACGUUCAAUUACGAUCGAUUUAGGUAUUUCGGAAAUAAACGAAUCGCAUAUUUACGGUCGUAGUAGUGUCGAACAGAAACAAUUUGUGAACACCGCGAGCAACGCUCGUUCGCGGAUGACAUUUUCGAAACAGUGAUGCGAUCGAAACUCACACAUCUUACAUAAUCAAAUAAUCACUCUUUCUUCAUAUCGUAAUUUCGUCAACGAUUUACCUAAUAGUUAAUAAUAAUUAUUAUAAAGGGGGUAAAGAUGAGAAAAGAGAAGUGUUUAUUGUAAAAAGCUCAUACUUGACCAAUCACUAGCUGCCUGAGCGUUGCUUCUAAGUGCGAGUACUAAGUGUUGUUACACUUAUUAUAGUACAUAAAAAUUAUUCAAACAAUGGGAGAAUUGUAUAGCUGUAUAAAGCGUAAAACAAGAUAAAUGGUACGUUAAUAAGUACGUUUCGUUUUUGUAAUAAUAUUAUUCGCGGCCUAGUACGUACAUUAUUAUUUAUUCAGCAACUGACAGAGACAGCAGUAAUUAAAACUGUAUUGCAGAUAUUUUCAAUUUAUUUUACACAUAGAUUCACUGUAAACAUUAUUGAUACUAAAUCGGCGCGGCCCUAAUCAGGGAGGAAAUAGAAAUAUCGGGAGAGGUGAUUUACUCAGUAUGUUGAUUUCGCAGGUGAUAUAGAGCAUAUUUUAUUUCUAAGCAUUAUAGAAUUUAGUUAUAUUAUUUUUAGUAUGUUAUCCACAAAGCUACAGGUGUAAAUAACAAUGAAUACGUUUCACUUUUUAUGUCAACGAGUGAAUAACGAUAAUGGCAAAACGACAAGGCAAUAGAGUCUAUCACGAAAGUUAUAAUUUCAUAUAUUUUACUAAUCUCUCGCGCAAUAUUUUCUUUUACAUUAAAUAUACAUUACAUUCGUUGGUAAUGGUAUAUUUUUUUACGAUUUAAUUAGUAGAUUACAUUUGUUAUCACGUAAGUAAUAAGAAAACAGCAUUUACAUUUUGUUAUUCUUAUUUUAUUUUGUAUAUUUAUUUACUUUAUUAUAUAUAUAUUCAUAAUUUACCGUAAACCGAUCGCAUGGCUAUAUAGUAGAAAUACUUAGGUUUACUUAUAAAAGGUUUCGAAGUGAUCGAAAUAAUUUCUUCGAAUUGCGCGUAGCUAUCUUGAUCAAUGCUUUAUUUUGACAGUAUUUUCUUUCACUUGCCAGGUAGUCCUUUGAUUAAAAAAAAAAUUUAGUGACAUUGUAGUCGAUAUUAAUUUUUAAGAUUUUUAUACAAUUAGAAUCUGUGUAUAAAUAAUUCAAACCUUUAUUUUAUUUUACUUCUGAUAUUAAAAUUGCUGAAUAUAUGUAUAUCUCUAGAAAUAUUACUGAGACUUUUAUAAAUUUGGUUGUAAGAUAUAUUUUUGCAAUGUGAAAUUAAAUAUCGUUUUUUGCUAAGGAAUUUGUGCACAUACUUUUCGAAUCAUAUGAUUCUGAUGUUGGAUGUAUAUUAAAAGAAGAUACGAGCACAUUAAUCAUUAGAGUAGAAAAUAAAUUUCUACAUUUUUAGAGUUAUAUAUAUCUUAUUAUAUAAUUGGUCAUUUUAAUUAUAUUUGUACUUAUUACGUGAAAAAGAUGGAGCAGUUUUUACGAUGGUGAUAAGAAAGGGAAGAAACUUUAGACUGAAAAUUGAUUGCUUUAAUUGAUUAAUUAUGUAUCUUUCUUAUAUGUUAUUGUAAAACUUAAUUUUUCUAUGCCGAUUAUUUACUGAAUUGAUAAGUAAAUAAGUUACACAUAAAUCAUCCCAGAAACAUAUUGGUUAAUUAGUCGUUAGUAGUCGUUACGUGGAAUGCCAAUGACCUGAUGUUAACAACAACAAAAAAAAAAACAGAUAUUACAUGACACUUGAAUAAAAAGAAGUCUUAUCCGCUAAGAUUAAAAGUUCGUGUUUAGGGUGGCAUUUGUAAAUGUACGAUAUCCAAAUGAUACUUUCACAUUGCACGCGUUGUUAAACUGAUAGCGCGGAUCGUUAAAGCGCUCAGACCUCGAUAUGCGUUUUGGUUUUAUUCCGAUAAAGCGCGCAUUAUAUCAUAUAGCAAUAUUACAGUGUAAAUUUCUCUCGAUUCAUUCAUCCAUACAAUCGAGAUCUGAAUGUGCAGUACGCCGACGUAUCGAUCGUCGCCUCUUUUGAUAAUAGCAGCUAAUUCUAAUCAUGCUCGAUUGUGAUAUAAUUUUCCUGUUUGUCAAACUUCUUGUAUAACAAUGCCGCGCAGGUCGCGCUCGAGAUAUCAGCUCGACAAAAAGAGAUCGAAACAACGAUCUACAAUCGACUUACAAUCGUACCACGCGCUCUGUGUUCAAGAUUUCACGAGCGUUAUCAGCAAGCGCGCGAAUUCUUCGUUGUAAACCAUCAGUGACGGUCCUGCUCAUGGAACAAGAGGGAAAUUGCGUAAGAAAGGAUACAAGGGUGCAACAUGUAAGAAUCCAUUCAAAUCCAUUUGUCGCUUCAAAAAUUACGCGCGAAGUUGCCGGACUUUGCGGACUUUUCCGCCGCACAUUGAUAGGUAUAUCAAUUCCUCCACAUGAUACUAUCAGGAUGCUGCGACAUGGCUCUCAAACGGCAACUCUGAACCUCUGAACACAUCUAAACGUAUACGUUCACACAUAUACACGACACACAUACGCAUACAUCGAUGUACAACGUAUAACGUUACACGAGCAUCAUACCGAAUAUCGCAAUCUUUUUUCCACUAUCGUGAUUUUAUAUGACGGAAAGAAUUUGAAUGUGAAUUGUGUGUGACUGUGUGUGGACGUGAAAGAGAUCCCUUUUCCGGUGUAUUCCGAGUAAGAAACGGGGAAGAAACCUUCGCUGAAUUUCGACGCUAACGUAUUCGUACUGCGUGUCUUGAUUUUAUUGAGGGACAUCACGUUUGUACUAAAGCACAAAUGAAUAAACGAUUGUAUCAAUGA